AUGAAUAUACAGAUUGCGGUAGCCAGCUUGGCUCCCGCACUAAAUUUGUAUUCUAAACAUCAGGGGUCGGACGCUGGUAGCGAGUUUAAUCUUGCUACCAACGUCCCUGUCAGUGUUUCGGCUCCUUCCGCCGCAGCCGCCGAUAUAUUUCCAUCCUCCCUUUCCUAUAACCCGGAGGAUAUUGACAACAAGCGGCAGCUCAACAGCAGCAACAACAACAGCAAACGAAGCUCCGAUUCGGCUCGAAGCGGCAACACCAAAGCUACCGUACACAUCAACGGGGUUACGAUCGAUCAUUUUCAGCAGAAUUCCGAUGUAGACGAAGAUCGUGUCUCGGCGGUGAUGGCCGGUGACAAGGCCGCAGCCGACUGCGGUAACAGUGACGUGCAGGGGUUUAUAUCGUACUCUAGCGACAGCAGCAUGAUCGAACUGAAUCUCAAGUUUAAGAAAUGCGCCUGCAACGAAAACAUAAUCAACAUUUCCAAAGAGAACUUGCAGCGUCAUGGGGAGCCGCAACGAAGCGCGAAACAAUCCUCGCUGGAUAUCGAAACUGUCCUGUCUGCUGCCGCUUCCACCACAUUCAGCAAAGAAGGUAAAAGUAAGAAAUUACUACAGUUAGACAAAGACAAUUUGAAUAGUUUAGUAACUAAGCUAAACGAUACUAAUAGCUCAUCCUCAUCGUGUACAAAGUGUAGAUUAUCGUUAGAUAUUAAAAAUAUUUUAAAACAGAUCGUAAGCGAUAAAGAAACUACGAACGGGACACAGUUGCAAGCCGGCGGCGGUGACACUCAUAGCAGGCCCAAGAUAGUAGGAACCCACCUUCCCAUCCAUUCAGACAGCGAGUGCAAUCGUACACUAACAGUAGACAAAUUGGGCGGUAGUCCUUCCAAAGCAGCGAGUUGGUCUCCACUGAUUCCCUCUCCCCUUUCUCCUUCCCCUUCACCAAGUGUAACCGAAGAUGACUCAAGCCGUCUUCAGAGACGCCAUAGCGAAACCGUUGAGCGUAGAUCGAUUGGCGUUCAGCACGGCCUCCGUGCCGGUUACCGUAAGAAACCACAGCUCCGUAAGGGACGAACACAGGUUGAGGAAAUUAUAGUUAUCUCCGAUGAGUUCCGUCGACAGUCGCUGUGCGACCAGAAGGUUAGAAUCCACAAAGCGAAAAAGUUUUCAAAAUCGAUGGAAAGUAUCGAUCAAAAAGUGGUCGAGGAAACCCCACCGGCUGCUCAUGGAGUGAUCGAGUGUCUGCAUCUAGAGGAUGACACUUUGACAGUGGUGCUCGAUUCCGACACUGCCAAUCCCAGUCAGCAAAAGUCCAAAUCUAAAUCUGUUGAUGAUAUUUCGCUCAGUUCGAAUCACAACGAGGAGGAAUUCGUUUUACCGGUGAACAGAAUUGAUGCCGCCAAUAGCGUGGAGCUGAUUUUUAUUUCCGACGAAUUCGUUCAACGCAAAAGUAAGCAAGACGUCAUCAUUGUUGAUUCCGGCUCGAUGACGACGGCGACAAAGUCGCUCAAGCGAAAAAAAUCAGCCUCGAAGAACAUGGCCGUCGUCGUCGAUGAGCAGCUGAAGGCGUCAGCCGGUGGUCGCAAGUCGCGGGAUGUCGUUCGGCUGGGAAAGAGUAGCUCCCUAAAGAGCAGCAAAGACCCACGCCGCAAAACGACCAUCUCGAACUCGAAUAGCUUCCUUACCUACGAAGAGCCAUUCUCGCCGGAGACACUUGAAAGCAAGGACAUCGGGACGAUGUUUGCUGAAGCGGCAACGGUUAGCAAGGAGUGUGCUCCAUCAGGAGAAAAUUAAGGACUUUGUCAUUGAGUAUAGAUUUUGAAAUAAUUUGCCAGAUUAAUUUAUUUAACUUCACUACCAUUUUAUUGCGAUUUAUUUUAUUCAGAUUCUGGUGGUAUAUUGAAAAACCAACAUGCCUAUUUAGUAGGCAAAUCGUAUUGUGGAAACUUUACCCGCGUUUAUGUACCUAAGCGCAAACCAUUCUGUGUUUAGUUGAUUUGCAAUAUUGAAAGAUAAAACGUAGAUUUUUGCAUGCAAUAGUAGCAAAAAUGCAAAUUCAAUUAAGCGUUUAUGCAAAAUCAAUGUUAAUAUCUUGUCUUGAUAUGAUAGAACCUAUGUCGAAAAAAAAAACGUUGAACUCUUCCGAGCAAAUGCGGGAUGUGCUGUGUAUUGCACAUCUUCAUCGCUUACCUAAACUAGAAUGUCUUUUUUCAUUGAAAACUAUGGUUUUGAAUUUUUAUUCAAAUUUAUAAAAUCUUACUCAAUGAGAAUACAUCUAACAUUACUAAUUAUUGUGAAAUGUGAAUCGUUACAAAAAUAUUGUGAUUGUAAACGAAUAGAACAAUUUUGUGCAAUGUUAUUUUUUUAUGUUGUUCUUUUUAUUUCUCACAUUUUGUGGAUAGUGUGGUGAUUAAGCAACCAAAAAAAACAUGUCCCUCCCAUCUCUCCCAUCCACUGCAAACCCGAAGUUAACACAAUAUGGACUAGUGUCUAGGAUAGUGUUAUUGAAUGUAAAUUGAAAUUAGAUACGGAUUUUCGUGUGAUUUUUCUACAUAUAAUCCUUCGAAUAAACGAUUGCUUUCACGUUGCAAAAUCGUGUACAUAUUCGAAGGUUUUUUUAAAUUCUUUUCUAAUUGCAAACGCAAAUGAAAUUAUCUUUACACUAGGAGAAGUAAAAUAUGUUGUAACAGUGGUUGAGUCUUUGUUAUUAGUAGCUAGAACACUUAGAUUCAGUAAGAAUUUUUCAGGUUAAAGUCAGCUAAAGUUUACGAAAAGAUAGAUUAAGGAACACAACAACAAAAAAUACAUUAUUGGAAACACAGCAGAAAGGUUGAUUGUAAAAAGCAAAUGUAAUUUUUCAUUAAAAAUUUUACCAGCACUGACCUGAUCACGAGAACGAAGAUGGCUGAUUUGGAACCGACCGACUGAUUAAAGUAUAAACGAAAGGCGCAACCGUUUGAGGAUAUGUCCAUUUUUAGCACAAAUGAAAAGCAUAGUUACAGUAGUUUAAAUAAAUCAAUUUUAUUCUCCUUUCGGGAAAUCGCACAUCAAUGCAAGUAGAGCAUACACACAUCAUAACAAAUCGUCCCAAAAAGUGUCUCCAGUUUCCAGACAAAACCGAUAAUCUUACACGAUUGUUAUUUUUCCACCUCUAUUGCAGAUUUGAUCUGAUUCACCUUAUUGCCGUCCCAAGUAGUAGAGCAAACAAACACUAGAUACGACCACGUGGUGCGGACUCGCACUACAGAGUAGUUCAGAAAAUAGUCAAAUCGACACGCACACGUGUUACAAAAACAGACGAAGUGUACGGAUGUACCGCGACUAAAACUCUUCCCCCGUCGAAUGCUUCCCGAAAACCACCGUAGCGAAUCGAAACCAAAUCCAGAGAAUCCCUUAUUUUACGCCACAGAACUUGUAGAGAUCUGUUGGUGAAUCGGUACCAAACCAACUUUCUACAACUAUACAUUCCCUUCUUUUGCUUCUCUAACAAAACGAAACUGCACAACUGUUUAAGGCGAUUUGGAAACUCAUAGCAUUUAUUCGCUAAGGAAAUACUUAAAUACUUUAUUCCAACUGUCAUCGAUUGUGGUUGAGCUAAAUAGUCUGUAUCGUAAGAAUAGCGAACGGUUUUUAAGCACAGAAAUAAUCUUCCCCAGGAUUACGAUUGAUUAUGCAGGUUUCUUGGUAUAUCUUUCCAUGAUAAAAGUAAUGAUAAAACAAGUGCAUUCGGAUACACAUAAACCAAAAAGCAAGAAUCGCAUCUAAGAAUUCGGCUAGCUGCCCACCUUCCUUAAUCACAAAAAUGGGACUGUACAAAAAAGUGACUGUACUAAAAUACAAAAUAAUUAGGACACUAUCUCUCACAACAUUCUGUGUGAUAAAAUGCAAAAUUAUCACAACUAAUGCUGGCACUGAAGCAUAUAUGAAACCAUAGCAAAAUGUUGAGCAAGAUAAAUCAAUCGUUCGUCGUAAGCUGAGUACUGCGAAAAGUCUACUCACUAUUAUGGAAUAAAUACACACAGAAAAAUCUCUACGCGUAAGGUAUUCAACUAGAAAUAAUCUCAUUUGAAUUCGAAUUCUUUUCCAAGAACAAGCAAGAAGCAACUAACUAUACCAUACAAUAACAGAACAAAAAAAUAAAAGAAGCAACAAAUACGCAACGCAAACCACAAAAGACCCACAUGUAAGGUUAAUUAAUCGAUAAAAUUUUCCCAUUGUGAUUAUCGAUAACAAAAAAAAAGCCACGAACUGAACAAAAUCGUGCGACUGUCUUGUAGAAAUACCAAUAUAUUUAUUGUACUCUAGAACUGAUUGUGCGCAAUGGCGAAUGUGUGUUCACGAGUGUACCGAGCGAAGCAUGAAUGGUUUAAACUAAACGUAGUGCAAAACAUAUUUAGCAAUCGAUUGUGAGAAGUAAGGUUUUCUUUUAAAUAAAACAUUUGUUUCUUAUGCAUUAGUCCCGCAAUCCAAAACAAAACAAAAAACUACCCCAAAACCAGAUUAUUACGAUUAUUCAAAGUAUCAAAGUAUAUUCUUAGUUGUCAGUUGUAAGAAAGUUAUACAAGCAAAACAAAAACAAGGUACGUGUAAGGAAAUUAUAAUAAAUCAAUUGUUAUAAGUAAAAGUCA